AGCGGGAGACUUAAAGUCCCGACUGCAAGACUUCUGCGAGGGACUGAAGCGAGGAAGAGGAGCUGGCGGGGGUGGGGAUCCGGGACACUGCAACCCCCCCCACCUCCCCGCCGCGCCCUGGGCUGAAGAAGACCCUCAUUUCUAGCCCCCCCUUUUUUUCCUCCCGCCGGCAUGGUUCUGCUGACCAUGAUCAGCCGGGUCCAAGACGGGCUGCUUUUGGCGGCCUCCAUGCAAGAAACGGAGCAGUCAAAUCGGAACUUGCAAGAAUAUCACAAUCAAGCCAAACAGCUUUUCCGAAAACUUGGGGAUCAUUCGCCAAACCGAUGUUCUCUGCAGGCUGGAACGAUGACCUUUCAUUACCUGAUCAGCCAGGGGAUUUGUUACCUGACGCUCUGCGAAGCUCACUAUUCCAAGAAAUUGGCCUUCUCCUUUCUGGAGGAACUGCAAACGGAAUUCUGGGAACUUUAUGGGAAGAAAAUCUCAUCGGUGUCCCGGCCUUACGCCUUCAUUGAGUUUGACAUUUACAUCCAGAAGCUGAAGAAAUCCUACCUGGACACUUGGUCAAAGCGCCACCUAAGUAGCAUCAAUACGGAGCUCCAGGACGUUCAGAAGAUCAUGGUGACCAACAUUGAAGAAGUCCUCCAAAGAGGGGAGACCUUAUCAGCUCUGGACUCCAAAGCCAGCAACUUGUCCACCCUCUCCAAGAAAUACCGCCAUGAUGCCAAGCUCCUCAACAGCCGCUCUGCCUAUGCCAAAGCUGCCGCCACUGGCCUCAUCUUCAUGGUGCUUCUGCUCUACAUCCGCUUCUGGUGGCUGGUGUGACCCAAUCUGUCCUUGUGUUUCCAAGACCCUGGGUGACUUGGGCUUUUCCUUUGAGGAGAAACAUGGAAAUAUUCCAAAAGUUCGCCCCUCGGGAUGAUGUUCCUGUUUUUUGGCAUCACUCCCAUUUGCCUGGUUGGCCUAGAACAGUAGCUGCAAGAUGCUGAGUGGACCUACAACUAUUUAUAAUGGGGGGAAAGCUGUCUUUCAUAAGCCCCUGCCACAAUAAAUCUGUAGUCUUUGUGUGCAUUUUUUUUAACAUA